AUGACAAACACAGAAGUACCCGAGAUAGCAAAGAUGCUGGCAAAACUCCUCGACAGAUUCGAGCGCGGAGGGAUAUAUAAUGGGCUGGAAAAGGAUAAGGUGCUUGCGGAUAGAGUGUUUAAGAAGGAUAAGCAGCCCGUCAUAGAUGAGUUCAAGCGCGUCGGCUUCGGGCCAGAACCCGACAACGCGGGUGAGGGUCGUAUAUGCGAGACGAUGGAGACCGUGUACGUGGGCAAGACCUCUGAGGCGUUGAAAGCGUACAGGAGUCUUAUCGUCCUGCGCCUUUUCGAUCUUCUCUCGUGGGCGAGCGGUGCACCGAAGAUUCCCCAGAACAGUGCCUCAGCGAAGUCAGGAGAGCUCCGUACUGCCGUGAAGGCUACUUUUGGAGAAGGAGUUGCCGAGUACCUCAACGACUGGACUAGUGCGCUCACUAAGGCCGCAGAAGGAAUCAGGAUCGCAACAGCGCAGACACGCCAGUCAUCGACGGAAUUAGACAUCGACUGGACACGGCCAGAGAUCACGCUGCCUGUGUUCGACCAAGUACUGUCAACUCUCUCCGACACUCCAUCUGUCGGCAGUCUCUUCACUUCGGUGUACUCGGCGAAUAUCAAAUGUGUCGCUUUCGCCAUCUGCUACCUCCUUAAUGAGUGCGAUUCAUCGGCAGGCGAUCUCUCGCAACUUGAUCUAACGAAACUGAGAAACAGAUGCUCACCAGACCAAAGUAUGGCCCGGGGAAUCUGGAAUAUGCUGGUGCUGGCGUUAUUCGUGUCUCCCCUUCCGCUCUUGAGCCAUAGAGACCUGGCAACAGAAUGCAAGAGCAUUCAGCUGCCUCAGAUGUUGGAGUACUGGGUUCAACUUGGAAAUCUUGAUCGUCCGAGGGAACUCGCACAUGCAGAGUCCUUGGUUUGGAGCGUCAUCUUCUCUGUCGCGGGUGGAGGUGACGCGAUGGUCUAUACUUCAUCUUUAGCGGAGUACUGGCUUAGUGGUCCCAGCACCCGAGCAAAUGUCAUUGAGACGAGAAGGUGGUUCGUCGCCGGACUGCCAGCAUCUGCUAGAACAUCUGGAUCCUCAGCUGGUCCUUCUACAACAGCUGGUCCUAACCGCUCUCAAGAAAGCUCCUUAAAGCGUAAUAAUACCGCAGAUACUAGCACGGGCUCACGUCCACCCAAGGUCCAGAAAACGGAGCAUACUGACGCUAUCUCAUCAAAAACAUCUGUUCCUGGGCCGUCAAACGAUUCCAACCAUGCCGCUCAAGCUGAUAUCGAACCCUCCGGGGCACAUGUUCAGCUCUCCGUCGAGGAUGCUAUGAACUGGUUACUUGAAGAGAACAAGUCUCUCACAGAGAAAGUCCAGAAGAAGGAUGCCGAGAUUGAAGCAAUACGCAGGGAAAAGACUACAGCAGAGUCUUUGAUGCUCGCGCGGUGUCUCGAGUUACUCAACGGCGAGCCUGAGCAGAUUGGAGUCCAAGAUAUCUCGGGCGCGUUGGGCUCCCUAGGCAAGAUGCUCAAGCGACUCCGUGCUGACAGUGCUGCAUCCAAAAAGGAUGCCACUGUUCUCCGUCUUCAAGCCCAGGAGUCCUAUAAGAAGUUGCAGAGCGGACGGAUGGAGCUCAAUCUGUCGCGAGCGCGAGCGCGGGAGCUCGAGGGUCGGUUGCAAGAUCGUGCGAAGGUGGACCAGGCGUUCGUGAAGGUAGUCGCUGGGAGAAUUGAGUCGGCCAAACCUUGA